CGCAUGCGUAGCGUUCGCAUGCUGACAUCGGGUGAUUUUUUGUUUGACUGAUCAAAGAAGAUGAUGCAUGGAAUACACGAAAUGCUUACAAGCUGUCUUAAAGCACGAUUCAGCUCUACAGGCACAAGAAAGCAGUCAUUUGAAGCGAGAAGGAACGUCAAAUUCGCCGAUAUUUGUGGAAGGCAACUUGUUUCCGUGAAAAUCAUAUCGCCGAACUCAAGUAGAAAGAGACAAGAAACAACUGUGCCGCAAAACGUUAAAAAAUACAACAACUACUACGAAAACAACAAUGAUCAUCUACGAUACAGCGGGAUUACAGCCAGGAAUUUUUUCAACAAAAACUCGAAAACUUACCUUAAAUGUUGCUUUAUGCAACCUUCGUCCAGGCAUGACUGGAAUAAGCACUCAAUACAGAGAAAAGUCAGCCUUGAAAAUGCAUUUGUUGGGGGUAACAACGGAAUGGUAUUAGUCGGUUUGAUUCGUGUUUGGAAUAUCGCAUACGAAAAGAAGGUGUUUGUGCGUUACUCGACGGACAACUGGUCAAGCUACGUGGACUUGCCGGCCGAGUUCAUGUCACAGUCUCAUGAAGGAACUAUCGAUAAAUUCGUUUUCAAGCUCCUAGCGCCAGUGGGCCUUGCAGUCGGAGAUACGAUAGAGUUUGCCGUGUGUUAUUGUGUUAACGAACAGAAACACUGGGAUAAUAACAAAGGUAAUAAUUAUAUAGUGAAAUGCUGUGGAUGAACGGUUGGAUUCGAUGGUAUUACUGCAUUGCGUAAUAUCCCAGGUUGCGUGCAAACAGAUUUGUACAAACUAGAAUGAUAAGCGAGGGAUAGUAUAAGUUGGCAAAACAUUAUACACUUUCAAUUCGCUAAGCGUGGUCGCUGGGAUAAACCGAGUGCUGAGAUGAAAUUCGUAAACCAGUAAGGAUCAUAACUAAAAUUGAAGGCAUUUUGUAAAUAAAGAAAUUUUCCAAUCACAGCAGAGUACCCACCCCCUCCCCCUUGGUAUUUGUAUGCCAAGCUAUCACUUGAAACAAAAUGGCGGCGCGAAGGGGAGUACGGUUUCUUUGAAGCUCUUUGACACCCCGAAAAUAAUAUGCCACAUUCAAUAUCGAAAAGCACGCACUUAUAGUUCACUAAACGCUGAACACAGACCCGGGAAGCACCGUCGACUCGAUGCUAAUGCGUUGUAAUAAGCUAAGUACAGCAACUAAAACACUAGUGUAAAAGUUUUACUUGAUACAAAAUUAAAUAGAGAACUUCUAA